AUGGCCAAAAAGUUGUUCGGUAUCGGUCGUAAGAAAACCGAGGCCAAAGACACCAAAAGUGGAGAUGCCAGUCCGAGUUCUACUGCGCCUUCCUCCUGUAUUGACGAAGACGUUAUGGACACUACCGGCUCAAGCAAAUUUGACGACUCAUCAAGCAGAGUGACUUCCUCCAUCCAGUCGUCUUCCAUAUUCUCCAAAGGUCGACUAACACAUGGAACCGGCGCUUCUUCAACGCUCACAGGAGGGUCACAAGACAAAAAGAGCGGAGACACAUCAAAUGUCGGGAAGCCAUUGAGGGUUUUAGAUUUCGGCAGAGGAACUUCAUUAAAUCCUGUUUUCGAAGAAGAGGACUCUACCGGUUUAAACUCUAUAGACGAGCAUUCGAGCCGUCCUUCAAAAAGUUCCCAAAGAAGCGGUACUUCACUAAACAAAGAGAAGACAAUGAUUACUGCUGCUCAACUUGACCGCGAACUCAAGCAGUUAGACGAAAACCUGGCGGGGUUGAUGGACGAUAUACACCAGAACGUUACCAAUAUUUCCAAAGCGGUAAUACAAGCCGUUGAGUACUUCAAAGAAUUUUUACCGGACACAUUGUCGCCUAAAGUUCCGUUUCGGGUCUCAGUGAGCAAAAGCGGAUACCUAAGACGCAUAACUAAAGUCGUUUUGCACUUUGUCGAUAAUUUGCUGGUCUCAGAUGUAUUCAACAAUUCUAGAGCUAUCAUAACAAAGAGGUUUAUCACAUUCCUCAAAAAACUGAACAUUAGCACGACGGAGGAUAACAUUGAAAACCAUGCGCUUCCGCAUGCCAGAAACUUCUGCAUAGGCGCGGACUGCGAACUUCCAAAUAAAGGCAAACUCUCUCUAAUAAUCGAUAAAAUUGCCGCAAAAGACUCUGCUUGUAUAUCCGACCAAGAGGGUGCAUUUAUAGCACCAAUAUUGAGGGGGAUAAGCAAGGGAUCUGCCGUUCUUACGGUGAUGUUUGGCCUCCCAGACCCGCAGCAGGAGCACUAUGACAUGAUUAAAGCGCUGUACUCGCUCUUUCCAGAUAUUCAUUUCUACUGCGUGAAGAACUACAUAACACCUUGCGCAGAGGUUGCCAUCCCCCCUUCGCUAACCCCACAACCAAUGGAGAGCAAAACAACCACAAGCUUCCAUCCCCCAUACCGCUUGCUUCCGGACGCUAACUCACCACCGAUAUCGAUGUCGCUAUCCUCUCACGAAAACAAGAAGAUUUCUGGCACUCUGGGAGGCUAUAUCUACCCUCAAAUUGAUGAAAACAACGCAGCUCUGUCGCAAUUCGCGGGCUCAACUUUCGCAAUAACCUGUGCUCAUGUUGCAUUAGCUGAGUCUCAAGACUAUCCAUAUGUAUCCGUGCCAUCCACCGUGCUUCAAAACCAGUACAAGAAGGCAAUUAUUGAUGAGUCUCAGAGAUACGCAAAAGACUCUCCUGAACGGGCGGCAUUCGAAGAGGAGCUGAUACGAAUUGAUCAGAACUUAAAGUGGCAGGAUGAAAACAAAUUUGGGCAAGUUGUGUGGGGCGAGCGUGCGGUCGUAAACUCGAAGCUUUCGGAUUUUGCAAUCAUAAAGACUAAUUCUGAACUCAACUGCACGAACUUUCUGGGGGACGAUGUAGCUACAAUGGCCGGUCCAUUUCUGCGAUUCCAAAACCUCUACGUCAAAGAUAAAGUGUUGAAACUGAAACCGGGCUCCGAGGUUUUCAAGAUUGGAGCGACAACUAAAUACACUUCGGGUCAAUUUAGUGGUUCCAAACUUGUAUAUUGGGCCGACGGAAAAAUACAAAGUAGCGAAUUCGUGGUUGCCUCGCCCAACCCACUAUUUGCUUCUGGAGGAGAUUCAGGCGCGUGGAUCCUCACUAAAUUAACCGGAAAGUUGGGACUUGGCGUUGUGGGCAUGUUGCACUCUUACGAUGGAGAGCAACGCCAAUUCGGCUUGUUUUCGCCAAUUGGUGAUAUCUUCCAGAGGCUCAAUCAAGUAACAGGGGUUACUUGGGAUAUAUGCAGACCACCAAAUGCCAAAUAA